GAGGCCGCCAGCCCGGCAGGCCUGGGAGGAGUAGCGCGGAAGCAGGCACCGAAGCUGGGACGGAGUGGGGGCCAGCAAGGCUGACGGAUCCCAAGGAUGCUGCUGCUGCCUGAGGCGCAGGGCACCGUGCACGAGCUGGGUCCUAUGUGGCUGUGAAAUGGCUCCCUCAUGGCCUCUGCAGGGACAGAGCACUAUAGGCUUGGCCUCCGCCGGGGAAACAGCUUCAAGCAGGGUGGUCCCCCGGGCACAGUGCCGACCCCACCAGCUGAGAAACCCUCCGAGGGCAAAACCUGGUACCAGGCACAGCAGCAGGUGAAGCCGAUCUGGAGACUGGAGAAGAAGCACUUGGGGACCCUUUCAUCAGGGCAGGGCACUGGCACCCUGGGGAUCACUCCCCAGCCAGCUUACUUUUUUUACCCCAACACCCUGUGUAACUCUGGGACCGCAGCUGUCAUCACAGGCCACGGCAAUUCCCCCUGUCAUCUGCACUCCCUCCCGGACCUUUUCAGCAGCACUUUGCUGUACCGGCGCUCCAACUACAGACACAAACCUUACCAGCAGCUUGAGUCUUUCUGUUUACGGUCAAACACAUCGGACAAAAGACCCUUCACUCUCUCCAGAAGGAGCCUCCCUGUAGGUCUCCCUGCCCCUAAGGUCAUCACCCCAGCUGCAGGUUCCAUCCUUCCUGGAGCUAUGGCUUCCUCAGCCACAGACCCAUGUCUCCCUCUGAGAGCUGCUGGGGAGCACUCUUCAGGGAAGAGUGUGUCCCUUGCGGUCUCAGGGAAGAUCCCUUCCUCCCUCUCUUCCUCCUCCUACAAGCCUGUACUCAACAACAAUUCCUUCCUGAGGCCAAAUAGCACUAAAGUGCCUUCACAGCAGGCCUCAGAGGGCCUGAAGCCAGUACCCCCACCCAAGAUCUCAAUGCCUGUCUCUUGGCAUCAUUCAGGGGGCACUGGAGACUGUUCCCCCCUGCACCUUGACUGCAGGGUAUCCAAGAGCAAUGGCACUGCCCCUGACCACGCCACUGCCCAUAACACCACCAUUUCCACCCAUAACACCCUAAUCACAACCACCACCAGCCCCCCUGCCAGAGGUGCCUCUCCCACCUAUAACCAGAAUGUCGCAUCCCCAAGGGCAGAGGGGUCUUCCUGGACCUUAGCGGCUAAGGACAAUUCCCGAGCCUUUUCCAGGGAGAUACGAUUAACUGAGGCUGUGAGAAAGUUGACAGGGAGGGGCUUUGCCAAGAUGGGGCAAGGCUACCGGCUUGAACGGUCCUGUCUCAUGAACCCCAGCUUCCACUGGAAUCUCCUUAAUGGGAAUGGACGGUGGCAACCCCCUGUGGUGAGCCCUCGGUUUUCCCGAGAGGAUUCAGUUUUGGAAACGAGACCCCUCCCCGAUGGCUCUGACAACAUGGGGUUGGACAGCACUGUCUUCUGUACAAAGCGCAUCAGCAUUCACCUUCUUGCCUCACAUCCCAACCCUCCCAACAAUGAACCUGCUGGUGGGACUGGGACGGGUGCCACUGGAGAGAAAACCCCAGCUGUCAGUGUGACAGACGUGGCCAACCGAAUGUCUUCCAUCCAUCUGAGCCAGCCAGCUAGAGGACAGAAAGAAGGCAAGCAGCAGCAGCAGCAGCACUCACCGGUUAGAAGCCUCAAUUCAAAUACUGACGUGUUCUGUGGUGAGGCUGAGGACGUAGAAGAGGAGCUGGGAGAUGGGAUAGAAGACUGUUGUAGCCAAGAUGAGGAUGAAGAGGAGGAUGAGGACUCCGAGUGUUCUUCAGUCAGCGGUGUCUCAGCAAGUGAAUCAGUUGCAGUGAUCUCUCGGAACUGCCUGGAAGUUCUGACCAAACCGCUUGCCAACCAUGAGAAAGUUGUCCGGCAACCCCUUAUCUACAGCCUCUUUCCUAAUGUACCCCCUACCAUUUACUUUGGCACGAGGGAUGAGAGAGUGGAGAAGCUACCCUGGGAACAGAGGAAGCUGCUUCGUUGGAAAAUGAGUACAGUGACUCCCAACAUUGUCAAACAGACCAUUGGACGCUCCCACUUCAAAGUCAGCAAGAAAAACGAUGAUUGGCUGGGCUGUUGGGGUCACCACAUGAAAUCUCCGAGUUUCAAAACAAUUCGGGAGCAUCAAAAGCUGAACCACUUCCCAGGCUCGUUCCAGAUUGGACGGAAGGACCGGCUAUGGCGUAACCUGUCACGCAUGCAGAGUCGCUUUGGUAAGAAGGAGUUCAGCUUCUUCCCCCAGUCAUUCAUCCUCCCACAGGAUGCCAAACUUCUGCGAAAGGCCUGGGAGAGUAGCAGCCGUCAGAAGUGGAUUGUGAAGCCGCCAGCUUCAGCCCGAGGCAUUGGCAUUCAAGUUAUCCACAAAUGGAGCCAGCUACCUAAGAGAAGACCCCUUCUAGUGCAGAGGUAUCUGCAUAAACCCUACCUCAUCAGCGGGAGCAAGUUCGACCUGCGGAUCUACGUUUAUGUCACCUCAUACGAUCCCCUUCGGAUCUACCUCUUCACAGAUGGACUUGUCCGCUUUGCUAGCUGCAAAUACUCCUCUUCCAUGAAGAGCCUUGGCAACAAGUUCAUCCAUCUGACCAAUUACAGCAUCAAUAAGAAGAAUGCCGAGUACCAGGCCAACACCGAUGAGAAUGCUUGCCAGGGCCAUAAGUGGGCACUGAAGGCCCUGUGGAAUUAUCUGAGUCAAAAAGGAAUCAACAGUGAUGCCAUCUGGGAAAAGAUUAAGGAUGUCGUCGUCAAAACCAUCAUUGCGUCAGAGCCAUAUGUGACCAGUUUGCUCAAGAUGUACGUGCGCCGGCCCUACAGCUGCCAUGAGCUCUUUGGUUUUGACAUCAUGCUAGAUGAAAAUCUGAAGCCCUGGGUCCUUGAAGUCAACAUCUCUCCGAGCCUUCACUCCAACUCACCACUAGACAUUAGCAUCAAGGGCCAGAUGAUCCGAGACCUCCUGAACCUGGCGGGCUUUGUCCUCCCCCAUUCGGAGGACGUCAGCUCCAGCUGUGGCAGCUCUAGCAGCUCCACCGUCAGUCUUAGCAGUUCCACAAAGGAGAAGAGUAGGCUGGCUCCUGAGUACUUCACAGCAGAGAAAAUGAAGAAAGCCUAUUACCUGACCCAGAAGCUGCCUGAUCAGGAUUUCUAUGCAUCGGUGCUGGACAUCCUGACGCCAGAUGAUGUUCGGGUCCUCGUGGAAAUGGAGGAUGAGUUCUCACGCCGCGGCCAGUUCGAGCGGGUCUUCCCCUCUCGGGUCUCUGCCCGCUAUCUCCGUUUCUUUGAGCAGCCGCGUUAUUUUAAUAUCCUGACCACACAGUGGGAACAGAAGUAUCACAGCAACAAGCUCAAAGGGGUGGACCUGCUCCGGAGUUGGUGCUACAAAGGCUUUCACACUGGAGCCGUCUGUGACUCUGCCCCCAUGUGGUCCCUGCCGAGAUCACAUAUCGUCAUGAAGGGUGACAUCCUCCUCAAUGCCUUCUGUAAAACGGACCUGAACAAGCUGGGGAAACCUACCCAUUCUGCAAAGGACAAUGAGGAUACCACCCAAGACUCUAGCCCCUGCCCUCCAGUGUUACCUAUGCUCAAGUAUUCAGGGCAAGCUCAGAGACUUCCUGUUUCCCCAACACCCCCUAAAGCCAACAACAACCUUGUUGCCUCUGUGAACCCCUGAUCAGCUUCCUUCCAUUAACGCUGCUCCCUCCCCAGGAGCAGCAGCGAUAGCUACCUCAUGGGAACCGGCCUGCUGGCCAGCCUGGAACCCCAACCCUGUCCACCCUGCCCCUGGUCAGAGUAUUUUUGGAAAAGGGUGAAUUCCAGAGAGGGGGUUUCUAUGGGGCUUGGAGGGAUGGUGGGGUUGGGGAAAGGGCAAGGAGGGAGCUACGUCCCACUCUCCUGCCUGCUUGCCCAGCCCCUGUCAUCCCAGUUGAGAAGCAAACAGUGGCCAUUGCAGCCUUAUAAAGCAGGGUUUGAUUUCUA